CCUUUUUCAAGGUUGCUGCAUGCCAUGCAGUCGAAGUGCAUUGCCAGCACUGCGCACUCUCCCUUGCAGAAGCAGGUUUGAAAUCAUGAGCGUCACCGCCGGCCUCGACUACCUGGAAGAUGGCUUCAGCGCGUCGUCGGUGACAAUGCUGCGCCUACGCCAGAUCCUCUUCGAAAACGGCAUCGUCCUUCCAUCCACGGCACGCAAGGCUGACCUGGUCGACGCAUUCGGCGUACACAUCGUCCCACAGCGCGAGAAACUUCGCAGGCGCAAGCUAAAAGAUGGCAGCGCUAAAGCCGAUGGGACAGGCAUACAGGACAUGCGGGACGGCGCCGAUGGCGUGCACACCAUCGCUGCUUCGCCUGCUGCGUACUCCAAAAGGCGGCAAACAGUGAACGAGGGCGGCAGUGAAAGCGAAAGUGGCACAACAGAGAGCAGGAUUAGCAUGGACAGGCCUAGGGGAAGGAAGGGUUCGCGCGUCGCCAGUGCGGCCAAAGACAUUGAUCACCCAGCCUCUUCGCCUUCGAGAAAGUCCCCAACACGAUCUCGGUCGUCAUCGCCCCGCAAGCGAGAGAAGCCGAACGAACCGAAGUCGAUUUUAAGCAACAUCAGUGAUCGAGAAGACUCUGGAAGCGACAAGAAGAAAAUGAAGAGCCAGAGCGUCAAGCGGCGGACCAGCGUCACUUUUAAUCCGGAUAUCAAAUAUCAUGAUGAUGACGGCGACAUUAGCAACUUUUCCACCGCGAAUCCCUUCCAGAGCGGCAGUCCAGCGCCAGGGUCGGGAACGAUGCCUCGAAAGUCUGCUCCCGCGCGCGUGCGUGCGGGUGGGACACCCGCGCAUUCGCCACGUGCUGCAGCUCCUGGUAUUGAAACGAGCUCGUCUUCGUCGUCUGCUUCUGCGGUCAAGGCACUGCCAGUUCUGCGCAACUUUAUGGAUCCCCUCAUCGCGGCGAGCACCCCGCCGCGCGCUGUCGGCCAGGUCGUACGUCGCAUUGUGUCGGCCGGCAGCGCUGUGGCGGGGAGCGUCACUGGGCGGGUGAGCCCGGCGGAAGCAAGCGAAGAAGAGACAGGCGAGGAAGAUGACGAGGGUGGAGAUGAAUAUCAGGACGAAGAGGACGAUGCAGCUGGCGGUGGCGCAGAAGACUCGAUGGCGACAACUGUGGACUCGAGCUUCGACGUCAAUACCGAUCCUAGUCCAUCCAUCCACGCACUCCGCGAGAAGCGCAAGCGACAGGGCGGAAGGUCAAGCUUGUCGCAUGAGACCACCAACCUCUGGAAAGGUGACUCACCCAUGAAUAGCAAGAGCCGGAGAGGCGGCCAUAGUGUCUUUAGCCACGCGGGUAAAAACACACGCGGAGCAGCAGCAGCAAGAGCUGAGGAACGAUGGGCAAGAUUGCAGCGCCUCGGCCUCUGCUUCAUUGCGUUGUACAGCCUCUUCGUCUUUUACGUCGCAACGCUCGAGACGCGUACCAUUGGCUUCUGCGAUACAGGAAGCAAUACCAACAGCGCACUGGCUUCACAGCAGGCGUUGCGCCAGGCAGCCCAAGCAGCUGCACAUGGCACAGGGGGUGGCCUCAACCAGGAAGGAGAUGACCAGCUUCUCAACGUUACGCUCUCUUCCUUUGUACCAGAUCGCUGGCUCCCACAGACGUGUACCCCAUGUCCGGCCCACGCUGAUUGCCGAGACGGAGCGUUUGUGCGCUGCAGCACCUCCGACUUUCUCCUCUCCGCAUCGCUCACCAGCAAGGUACCCGUGUUACGCUCGUUCGCGCCGUUAAGCUGGCUCGCGCCUACUUGCAUGCCGGACACGCACAAGCUCGUCCUAGCGCUGGAGCUCGGUUCAGAGCUGGAGCGCGUCCUCGCUGAUUGGCACGGCCAAGUCCUGUGCGGGUAUCAGUCGCCACAUGAAGCCAUCGCGGAUGGAAAGCUGUCCGCCGCCAAGGACCGCGAAGAGGCGGGUGCGCUGCCGGCCGUCCUGCUGAAGGCUGAUCUGCACGCGCGCAUGGACCGCGACAUGGUGGAUGAUGAGUACUUUGAGCAGCUGUGGACCAUGGCGCUGGGCGAGUACGAGAAGAGCAGCGAGGUGAAGCGCUUGCGGCCCACCUUCAACAGUACGGCAAGGGGAGCUGUCGGAGCGGUGCUGGGCGAGGAGUCCAGCGUCUCCGUGCUGGUCGACAAUGAUGAGCAGGAUCUGCUGUACGCACCGCGCGCCAUCAUGUCGCUCAGCUGCUCUGUGAGUCUGCGCGUGCAUUCCUUCCUGCGGCGCUUUCGCCUGUUCGGCCUGCUGCUUGUUGCGCUGCUCGGCCUGUUGGACUGGACGCGGCGGCACUGGGCUCAGCGCGCGAGCGAGUCGAAGCGAAUCGCUGAGCUGGUGCAGAUCGCGCUCGAGCACCUGCAGGAGCAGGAGUACAACCAUGCGGUACAUCCGGUGCUGCACCCGGAGCCAUUCUUGGCGACGGCGCAGCUGCGCGACCACGUGCUCGCUAGCGAGCACUCGACCAAGGCGCGCAAACGCCUCUGGGCCAAGGUCAGCAGGGUCGUCGAGGAGAACGCCAACGUCCGCACGCGUCAGGCACAGCGGCGUGGCGAGUGGGCGCGGGUAUGGGAGUGGAUCGGAGGUGGCGCCGGCACUUGUGCCCAGAGGAGCGGCGCGGCGAGCCCGGUACCGAUACCAAGCGUAGCAGCAUCAGCGGCAGCGGUGCCGGAGAUGGCAGAAAAGAAGAGUGGAUGAAUUCGGCAUGGAAGGAGAGCGCAGAAGGGAUUGGGGGGAGAGGGUGCUGGGCAGCCCGCGAGCACGACCCCCCCCUGGGCUGGCUCGGCUUUUGCCAGAAUGCUCGUCUUAUUCUGCUACGUCUGUAUUGUACCUAUCACACAAGCGACAAUGAUACCC